UCUUUUACAAGGACCUCCGGUGUGACCACGGUAUAACGUUUGGAAUUUAAAAUUAAAAAAAAAAGUAUUCUCACCCUCUUUCAACCCUUUGCCCCCGCUGCAUACAUGACACACAUUUCCAUUGCAAUUUUUGUCCAAUUGUGCGGGAUUUUCCAGAGGAUUCACUGCUGAUUUAUUUCCUGUGCACCAGCAGUGCUUCCUUCGACGGGGUUUAGGAAAAGUAUAUAGUUUUCAAGUGCUAAAAAUCCCGUUCAAAAAGGAUAUCCGAGUGCGCAAAAGGAGUGAACACUGUGCAGUGGCGUGAAGAGUUCUACCCAUUAUUCUCUAUGACACUAAUUUAUCGUGCUAUUUUCCACGGAGGAAAAUCACUACUGAAGCACCACUAGCAAACCUGUGCCACAUUGGGGGGCUUCUUAUACACACUGAAUGGCAAAAGAAAGAAUCAUUUUGAAAAGACAAUAAAAGAUUUCCAUGUAGAAAGACAAAUCAAUUCGAGGUGGAGAGCCGCCAACAGCGAGUGGGGCAUAAAAUAGUGUUUAUUGUUGUGUGAUAUGAAGUGAAUUGAAGUGAAUUUAUUGCAAUAAAAGUAAAAUAAAAUAAAGGAGGCAAAAAAGAGACAAACGCGCAAAAAGGAAAGUGGAUAAGCAGCCAAAAACGUGCAAAGCAAAAACAUAGACGAAAGGAGAGGCGGUUUUAUGGAAGAGACUUGAGGAAUAAUAUGGAAUUAUUUACAAGGAAACUCCUACCGCUUUGGACUAUAUACAUUUUCGGAUUAUUUGUCAAGUCUGGAUGGGGAUUACAAGGCACUCCAACAUGGAUGUGCUUGGGAAUAAAGUCACCAUUCAUCGAAUUCAAAAGCGAAUAUGAAACCCUAUCAAACAUAAGUAUUUCAAUGAAUUUAACCAUCGACGAAAGCAAUGGGGUGACACUAAAUCGGAACACGGCAAAUGUAUCACCAUCAACUAAUGCCAUUGACAAUGUCCACCAAAUAGCACAGCAACAGACAACGGGUCUCCUUGGGAAGCAGAGACUAUUGAGCCGUAUCGAAAUAAUAACACCAUCGCCACCAACAUCGACACCAUCGGCAACGCAGCAAUUGCUGGGUACCAUUGAGAGAGCGUCGACAAUUAAGACUGAAUACAUCACGAGUGCAUCAAUAAGUAAUGUUUACGAUCGCGAGAUUCGUAUAAUUGAAGAAAUUCCACCGGCUGGCGAUCAAACAGCGGGUGGUGAUCAUCACAUGGCGGUGAAUGAUCGCAAAUACAUUAUACCGAUGGCAUUGAAACAACAGCACAAUACGAAAGAGCCCCGCAAGAGUUCCAUCUUUCGUGAUUCAGCAACAACAACCAAUAUUGAUGAUCUCAAGCGUCACAUUGUUAUGCUGCACAAUAUCACAAAGCACGAUCGCAGCUUCAAAAGUAAAUUCGUUCAAUUUCCCUCCCUGAGGCGUCACCAUGCAAAUGACACGGCUAUAAAUAUCACAACAACCCACCAUCCAGGUGAUCCAUCGCCGACAACAACUCCCCAUCCUGUUGCUGUGCUCAAUCCCUUGCCAAAGACUCAGGAUAUUCUGCGUGACACUGACGAGGAGAGGAUGGAUGAGGUGGAUUUGGAUUUUCUCGUGCGCGAAGAGAAGGUAACAAUUGUCCCACAGGUUUUCCUGCAGAAUGAUCAAACGCCCAUUGUGGCGGUUGCACCGGAAAACAGUAGUACCCCUCAUGUGCGCAUCAAUCACGAAAAUCUCCCAACCACCACCGCUAAAUCGCCCACGCGCAAGAAGUUGCAGGAAGACAAUGAAGAUGUUAAGAAUGGCAAAAAGAUGACGGGGAGUAGGAGGCGAAAGAAGAAGCAACCGAAUAAGGUGUGCAAGGAGAUUGAUGAUAAAGUCAUUGGGAAUUGCACACUGGCCACAGCAUGGAGUGAGAGUGUUGGCAAGCAGCGAAAUCGCAAGGGUAGAAAAAUGGCAGAUGGUACGAGGAAUGCCACACGAGCUCCUGAUGAAGGUCGUGGUGAGAAGAAACUUCAGCGUGUGCCGAGAAAUCAGCGUAGCCACACAACACUGGAGAACGCGAAUCAACCAAUAAACCCAGCAAAUAUUUACACAGAAAGUAUCGACAUCAAUCCAAGUCUAUGCCAUGAAGUGGGUGGUUUGAGCUAUGGCCAGCAGAAACUCUGUGUUCUUCACACCAACAUCAUGCCAGCCAUUAGUCGGGGUGCUCGUUCAGCCAUUCAGGAAUGUAAACACCAAUUCGGCAGUCGCAGGUGGAAUUGCUCAACAGUUGAUGAUGACACAGUUUUUGGACCAAUUACAAGCAUCGGAUCCCCCGAAAUGGCAUUUAUUCAUGCUCUUGCUGCGGCUGGGGUGGCAAGUUUUAUCGCUCGAGCUUGCCGGGAUGGUCAAUUGGCGGCAUGUGGUUGCUCAAGGAGCUCAAGACCCAAACAGCUCCAUCGAGAUUGGACAUGGGGUGGAUGUGGGGAUGAUUUGGAAUUUGGAUACAAAUUUUCUCAGACAUUCAUUGAUAUACGCGAGAAGGAGAAGAAACGUGGACCACGUGGAUUAAUGACACUCCCACAGCGUAUCAACAAGGUGGAGGAGAAAAUCUCCCCUGAUUCUUCCAAUGACACCGAACAUCCGCAUCAGCCGCUCUUCAAGCCGGAGGAUAUAAAGGAGUUGCAGGAUAAAAUUAAAAAGGAAAUUGAAGAGUCUCAAUUGCAGGAGAAGGAAAUGCAGGAACUUCAGGAGAAAAUAAAUCGAGAAAUAUUUAAUUCGAAAAUCUUCAAUUUGGAAAAUCGAGCAAUUUUCGCACAAAAUCGCCGACAAAAGGGAUCUCUUAGUCGUAUUAAAUUGUCUGGGACGAACCUUAAGGCCAGGAGUUUGAUGAAUCUUCAUAACAAUGAAGUGGGACGUAGGGCCGUCAUCAAGAAGUCGCGCAUCACAUGCAAAUGUCACGGGGUUUCCGGGAGCUGUAGUCUCAUCACGUGCUGGCAGCAAUUGUCCUCAAUGCGCGAAAUCGGGAAUUACCUCAGAGAGAAAUACGAUGAGGCAACGAGGGUGAAGAUGAACAAACGAGGACGCCUCCAGGUUCAUGAUUCGCGCUUCAAAGUCCCCACGGCACUUGAUCUCGUCUACCUGGAUGAGAGCCCCGAUUGGUGUCGCACCAGCAAGCAACUCCAGUGGCAAGGAACACACGGUCGUGUUUGCAACAAAACUUCAGCGGGCCUGGAUAGCUGCUCAAUCCUAUGCUGCGGAAGAGGCUACAACACCAAGAAGAUUGUCGUGCGUGAGCGCUGCAACUGCAAAUUCCAAUGGUGUUGCCACGUAAAGUGCGACGUGUGCGUGAAAGUGAUAGAGGAGUACACGUGUAAAUAACCUCCCACCCAUGCAAAUUGGUAGUUUCAUCCGGUGAGGAGCAAAAUUCCCCGGAAAUGGUUGUAAUUUUUUCUUUUGUGUAAUGUUCAAAAAAGGACGCCAUGCCGCCAUGAUGGACUUUUCGCCAUUUUAACCCACAUUUCUUCCUCAUCGUAAAUAUUAUUUAUUUAUUGUAAUUCCUAUCGCCCCGUAAGUAUUUAAUGUAGUGAAAAAAUCGUCAGAAAUAAAAACUUUACCCCC